CUUCAUUAGUUUCCUCUUUUAUUGAACAACUUCUCCGUCACUGUGAAACUCACCACAUGAAGUGACAGUCGUUGAUCAGGAAAACAACUUGUUCGGAUAUGAAGACGACAUGAUGUACUGCUCUGAAGUCUUUGAGUUGCUGCUUGUCUUGAAAACUUUUGAAGGCUCCUCAUUCAUUUUGAUCUUCAUCCUCAGUAUCAUAGGAAACUGCCUCCUCUUAUAUGUCCUCUUUCUCUAUGAGAAGUUAAAAAAUGUCACAAAUAUAUUUGUCCUGAACCUUGCCUGCUCCGAUUUGAUGAUCACAGUCACACUUCCAUUCUGGGCCGUCGAUCGGCUGCAGGACUGGGUCUUAGGUCAUUUUGCCUGCACAUUUGUGAUAGUGACAGAGAUUGUUGGUUUUUACAGUAGUGCCAUUCUACUGACUGCCAUGACUGUGGACCGUUUCAUAACUGUGGUGCUGCACAACAUGCCAAGAAACAAAGUAAGGAGGCAGAGGUUUGCAGCAUUGAGCUGUGCAGCUGCAUGGACCAUCAGCAUUUCUGUUUCUAUACAUGUUGCUACUAGAGUCACGGUGGAAGACUGGGGUGGUCGUUCCAUGUGUUUAUCUAAUGUGGACUUUGCAUUUACUCUUACAGUGUCUGUGAUCUUCUUCUUUCUGUUAUCCAUCAUUGUUUUCUGCUACUCUGCCAUCCUCAAGACAGUGUUGCAGGCUUCAAACAGAAGAAAGCGCAGGACAGUAGUGGUGGUGUUAUGUAUAGUUGCUGCCUUCAUCAUCUGCUGGGUACCUUACAAUAUUAUCUAUAUAAUCGUGUCCUUCUAUAAACCUAAUAGCUGUUAUGCAAGGCACUGUGUGAUUAUUGCCUUUAGUAUUUGUCGUGUACUUGCUUCUUCUCACUGCUGUAUGAACCCUAUUCUGUAUAUGCUCUCAGAAAAGUGGCGAAAGCAUCUUUUGGAUCUUUUUAGCUGCAAGAAAGUCAGGAGAGUGAGAGACAGGAAGAGAACCACUGGCUCUUGUGUUAAGCAGAACGUAGCUUUUAAAGCACAAAGCUCUGCUGUUGUGUUGGAACCAACCUGCAGCUAGACAUUCAUCGCUAAUAUGAAAACAUCAAUUAAUACUUGGUAUAAUAUUUGUUUUGAACUAGUUUAACCUACAGUGUUCACAUUUCCUUAAAGAUAUUAAGGGGACUACUUUAAUGUAAGUCUCUAUAAAUGUAGACCUAACAUGUCAGUUUACGCUUUCUCAGUAUUUUUAAUUUGCUAUCCUAGAUUUGGGACAGGGUGACACAUGCGAGUUUAUUUAGCUUCAUUAGCUUUGUAAGAUGGUUCUAAAAAUUGUUCUAAAAAUGAUAUGUGAUGACUACUUAUUCAAACAUGUAAACCAAUUCCAUUUAUUUCCCCUUUUAAUUUCCAAUCAAGUUUUGUGCUUGAAAAAACAAAAAAACAAUCAGCUCUGUAUCAGUUGGUAAAUAUUCAUGUGUUUUCAAAUUCAUGUUGAUACAUUGAUUAUGCAUUGUACUGUAGAUAAUAUGUGAAACACUUCUUCACUGCAUUUUACUUAAUGGUUUCAUAUUAAAUCAUCUAUCUCAGUUGUUACUGUAGUUGUUAUAUUGUCACCUUUAGGAGUCUUGCAAACAAAACAGAACAUCAUUUAUUUUCAAAAUGUUAUAUAAUUUGUCAAAAAUGUGUGUUUAUAUUUGCUUGAACAUUUCAUCAUCAUCAUCACUAUUAUUUCCAUGCUACAAUA